CGGCGCCUGCGCCUGCGCGGGGCGUGGCGCGGCGCGGCGCGAGGCCAUGGCGAGGCACACGGUGUCCUCGGCGCGGUUCCGCCGGGUGGAUGUGGACGAGUACGACGAGAACAAGUUCGUGGAUGAGGAGGAAGGAGGCGACGGGCAAGCGGGGCCCGAUGAGGGCGAGGUGGACUCGUGGCUGCGGCAAGGGAACAUGAUGGCUGCGCUGCAGGCGGCUCUGAAGAACCCACCAAUCAACACAAAGAACCAGGCAGUGAAGGAUCGUGCAGAAAGUAUUGUCCUGAAGGUCCUCAUCUCUUUCAAAGCCAAUGAUAUUGAGAAGGCAGUGCAGUCGCUGGACAAGAACGGUGUCGACCUGCUAAUGAAGUACAUCUACAAAGGCUUUGAGAGCCCCUCCGACAACAGCAGCGCUGUACUGCUGCAGUGGCACGAGAAGGCCCUGGCUGCUGGAGGAGUAGGGUCCAUUGUUCGCGUUUUGACUGCCAGGAAAACGGUUUAAAUCCAGCAGCGAGUGGUUGUCUGCCAUCCACAGCAUGGGAAAUGCUGGUACGAAAACUAACUAACCAAAUGCCAUUGCUGCCCUGUGGGCAGUGCCUGUCUCUCAGCUUGCCUUCUCGCUGCUUCUUUCCUAGCUGACAAAUAAUGCAUAUCGUGAUCUCUUUUUUUGUUAAAAUCUGGAAAAUUAUGAAGGUGCAAUUUUAUUUCUAACAGGAGCAUUUGGUACUCGCAAACAUUUCAGUGACAUGUAUAGCGACAUACACAACUUCAUGUUUAGGAUGAUUUGCAUUUGUGUAUAAUUGUGGCAGAUUUGGACCUGACCUUCUGAGCAAAUGCUGAGGGACGCAGGGUAAUGUCUUAAUUAAUUUCACUAGCCACGCAAUGUUUUGAUGUAAGAACUAUACUUGAGAAGUGGGGCAGCUAUUACUGUAGGGAACUGGACCAUGUUUCCUUUGGCCAACCUCUGAACUAACAGCCAUGAACAGGACAGGAAGCAAAGGAUCCCCUCUGACCCCAGUUAUCAUUCCAGAGAGCUGAGUAUUUUCUUUAGCCUGUUCAGGUUCCUUGUGAUCAGUCAGAUGCUGGGUUCGUGGUGAGAGAGUCACAACGGGACAAAGUUACCCACCUUGCAGUUUGGUUGGUACAGUUUAAAAGGUUGAUGGUCCAUUUGCGCUGGAGCCCAGCCCAGUGAACUCUUUAUUUUGGGGAGCAGAGGUCCUGAAGAGAAGAAGAAACAGCAGCUUUCACACAGCAAAUUGCCUUUCAGCAAUGUAAAAGUGAUUUGUUUUUGUCAAGCACAACAAAGUGACUGCCUGGGGUAAUCUGAGAAACUGGUACCCACGCCAUCCUUGCAGAGCUCCCACACUUUGUUUUCUAGACGCGUAGGACCUUAAAGGAUACCACAUGGUUCACAUUCCUGUUGCAUCGUGCUACAGUGUGUUAGCUAGCGGGCACGUCGGCUUCCAAAAUAAAGAGGAGUACUUUAAAAAGAGUUAGGAAAGCCCAGGGCGUCCCAGACCCCAGAUCACCGUUGAAGGUUUAUGCGUGUUUUACAUUCACCAUUUUACUGCAGUUGAGUUGUGUAAAACUGUGGGGGAACUUGUGAAAUCUUUGCUGGAUUUUGAUAUCUGCUUUUUUUUGUAAUAAUAAUAAAGACCAGACAAUAAAUCAUCACUGACUAUUUCCUUGG